CGGGGGCGGGCCCGGCGGGCUCGGGCGUUUAGCGCAUGCGCGGAGACAAUCCUGCCCUUUUUUUUUGGUCUGUGCGUGGCUGCUGCGGCGGUUUUUUUCCCCAGCGGCUCCCGGCUCAGCACGAACAUGGCGGACCAGGCCCUCUCCUUCGCCAAGGACUUCCUGGCGGGCGGCGUGGCCGCGGCCAUCAGCAAAACCGCAGUGGCGCCCAUCGAGCGGGUCAAGCUGUUGCUCCAGGUACAACAUGCAAGUAAACAAAUUGCUGCUGACAAACAGUACAAGGGUAUCAUUGAUUGCGUAGUGCGUAUCCCAAAGGAGCAAGGAAUGCUGUCCUUUUGGCGUGGAAAUUUGGCAAAUGUCAUCAGAUAUUUCCCCACUCAGGCUCUCAAUUUUGCUUUCAAGGAUAAGUAUAAGCAGGUGUUCUUAGGAGGAGUGGACAAGCACACUCAAUUUUGGAGGUAUUUUGCUGGUAACCUGGCCUCUGGUGGUGCAGCUGGUGCCACUUCUCUCUGCUUCGUCUAUCCCUUGGAUUUUGCAAGAACCCGUUUGGCUGCUGAUGUUGGAAAAGCUGGUGCUGACAGAGAAUUCAGAGGUCUGGGGGACUGUCUAGUCAAAAUUACCAAGUCUGAUGGUCUGCGUGGCUUAUAUCAAGGGUUCAAUGUGUCUGUGCAGGGUAUCAUCAUCUAUAGAGCUGCCUACUUUGGAAUCUAUGAUACAGCAAAAGGCAUGCUCCCAGAUCCCAGAAACACUCACAUUGUGAUAAGCUGGAUGAUUGCACAAACAGUGACUUCUGUGGCUGGUGUUGUCUCCUAUCCUUUUGAUACAGUGCGGCGUCGAAUGAUGAUGCAGUCAGGACGUAAAGGAGCUGACAUCAUGUACUCCGGAACAAUUGACUGUUGGAAGAAGAUCGCAAGGGAUGAAGGAGGAAAAGCUUUUUUCAAGGGUGCAUGGUCCAACGUUCUCCGAGGCAUGGGUGGUGCUUUUGUGCUCGUGCUGUACGAUGAAUUAAAGAAAGUAAUUUAAAAACAGCCUAACUAGAAUUGGUAACCAAGUUGAGCAGAUCAUGUAGAAUAACUUUACCAUUAUGGACCAUUGACCUUCAAGAAAUUCCUGUGUUGUCUUAUUUAUCGGGGCCAGAUCACGUUGGUAGAUGGGGCUAGAAACUUACCGAGGGAACUGAUCCAUUUCAAGAUUGCCUUUUUUUGCAGACACUGAAACUGACAGUUCAGCAUACUGAAUUUUCUGUAUCAGUGGCAGUAGUUCUGGGUCUACAGAAGCAGUUUGCGCAAAGAAAGUUGUGGUUUUUUUUUCUAUAUUUGCCCUCCGAUCAUUCUCUAGUUUCCUAUCUAAUAUGACCAUAAAACUGUUUGCGUAUUUGUUUAACAAAUCAUGUCUAUUCCACUUGUACUUAAGCACUCUGUACCAUUUUGCACAGCUGAACCUUUAGCAAGUAUGUUCUUUUAAAUUGGGGCAUUUUGCUGUAAAACAAUAAAUAUACUUAUUCUGUUGAAACUAAUCAUAUUGAAGCUUUGGCUCUCCUGGGGAACUCUUGCAAACAUCUUUUCAUAAGAACAUUCCAGUUUCACCUUAUACUUUCACUGCUUGAACCAGCACAUUACAACCUGGUACAUUCAUAUUAUCUCUCUAAACAGGGUUAGGUCUGGUAAAUGGUUGGCUGGGACAUUUCCAUGGAAGAUAUAGGUACUGUACACAAUGGUGUCAUGAAGUGGCAAACUUCCAUCAUUCAUUCAAUUCUCUGUGCUUAAUAUAAAGAGUAUACUGUGCUACUGGAGGUGGCUUUUUGGAUGAGUUUGUCUUGGCUUGAGUCUCAGCUACCUGGUCCCUAGUGUAAAGUCAUUUCUGUUGUAGCAGCUUAAAAGUCCCAAACAGGGAUUUAAAUUCCAUUCUGCUAGUAAAUCACUACUGCAGUGUGAUCUCAAACUGUGCUCUAAUUUUGACUGUUUCAUAUAUACAUUGCAUGUUGUAAAUGAUUGCAAAAGGUGCAAGGUAGCUAAGAAUCAAGCCCUAAAAAAUAAAAGACAAGGGAGUAUUAGUUUUUUAUGUGUUUGUUUUUAAAUAACCAAGUUUUUCACCAAGACCUAAAUAUGUGUUAAGUUGAGUGACCUGUCCACAUUUCACUGUAAAGGCAUUACUGUUCCCGGUAAGCAAUGACUGCUUGAAAACACUUAUGUAUGUUCAUAGUAUCUGGUAUCGCCCUUGGAUUAGUUUUGAUCAAUGAAUGCUUCAGAGGAGGGUGAAACUUAAAUUGAGCUUAAAUUUGUUUUGGGAUAACAUUUGUAGGGGAGGGAGACACUUGAUUUCCAUAGUAAUCUAAAGGACUGUGUAGUUUAGAAUACUUGAAGUGGAAAGGCUAUAAAAGAACUGUAACAGGCAGACUUAAUUUCCUUGGUGGAGGAGCUGUGUAUGGCCAGCAUAAGCCAUCUGUACUUUUAAUCACCUCCUAUUGCUGUAAUGGUUCAGCCCCUAUAAAACACUCUACAGCACAGAAGUAAUUUAGAUCAUUCGUUCCCCUUGUCAUCCAGGCUGUACCUUCUCUGCUUAGCCCUGUGCUAGGUGCAGCAAAGAAUCUGUCCACAGAUCUCUAGUCUUGUCAUUCACACAACAAGUUUUUGUUUUUCUCAGUACAGUAUAAAUAACUUUUUGGGGGAAAGCUGUGUUUUCUGCAUUAACGGCAUGGUUUACUAGUCAAUUAUAUUUGUCCAAAUACACCAAAGGCAAUUUGUGCAUUAUUACUGAUGGUGUAACUUACAUGUGUAACAAGCAAAAUAGAACCUGCAUGAUCUUCAUUAUUGGGGACAAUAGUGUGUGAGGAGUAAAGACCCUAUAUAGCUGUCAAUCCCAAGUUGAGUUGGCAGUUGUGGAAGGCAAAUACUCCUUUUCGUAAUUGGCAGCAUCGAUAUAAUAAAGAUAAACAUGGAAACCUCUUUUUGUUCCUCUUA